GAGUUUAUUUACCAAAAUGAGCACGCGGAAUGUAAUGAUCACAGACCUGGAUCAACCGGAUCCCGAGCCGCCGAAGCGGAACCGGAAGGUGCUGCAUACGCUCUCCGGGAACUUUAACCGUCGUUCGCGCAGCGUCGAAGUGGAGGCAAAGCAGCGUCAGGAAACCCUUGGAAUCGGUAAUAAGGAUCGUAGGAAGGACCGCUCUUUCAAUUCGCUGCUGCAGGCCAAGGAGCAGCAGUUGGAGCAACUUGUCCAGCGACUCUCCAUGCUGCAUCGAUACAACGAUCAGUUCGCCAAGGAGAAUGAGCAACUGCGCCUGGACAGUGGUCAAUUGGAGCGCCGCCUGGCAGAGGCUGAGCAGCAGGUGGCCAAUUGCACGCGCUGCCAGCAGCUUGGCCACCGCCUAGACACAGUUCUUGGCCAGAAUCGUUCGCUGGCCAGCGACGUGGAUAUGCUAAAGACGCUUGUCUUCCGGCUCAACGUACAGAUUGAAAGCUAUCAGGAUCAGAGGCGUCACAAUGAUGAGGCUCCUGUUGCCGGAGGCUCCGCCGGAGCCAGCACAUCCUACCCACCUCUGCCUACACACACGCUGGGACCCCUCCUACAGGCCUACGAUGAGUCUCUUAAAGACAAGGAUGCACUUUUGUCCCAAUUUAGUACCGAAUUUGAACACUUUACCGGCGAGUUAAAGCGAACUCUAGAGGAGAACACCAAGCUUCUUCAAGCGCAGGAACAACUACGCCGUGAUCUAGGCGGCUGGCGGGAGGAGCGUGUUUGCCUGCAGGCCCAGUUGGGCGUGUGCCGGUCCAAGGCUGAGGCUCAAACCCGGAAGACGGACUUGGCCAAGGAGAAGCUGGUGGAGGUGAUGCAUUGCUACGAGCAACGCAUUCAGACGCUACUCCUGGACAUGGAUCACUUGCAGGCGGCCUAUGCACGCACCAAAUCAGAGCUGGCUGCCCUGAAGAGUGCUCCUCCGACCACAGUAGCUCCUGCUCCGGUUGUUGCUCCUGUUUCCGCUCCCCCUGCCCCCGCCGAAUCGGAGGCAGUUCAGCAGUGCAAGAUUCUCCUGGAGCAGCUGCGGCAAGAGCAUGCCAGAGAGCGAACUGUCCUCCAGGAGCAACUGGAGGCCACUACCGCACGGGCGGCCUCACUCGUCCGUAGCACGGAGAAGGCAAAGCACGGAAGGGAUCGCCUGAAGGCUCGGCUGAGGAUGGCCCUGCAGUGGGCCCAAAAGCUUGAGGCCGGACAGGCGGAGGUAAGGGACACCUACGAGGCGGUACGCCGCUUGGAGGUCCUCGUCCAGCACAAGGAGUCACAGCUGCGGGGCCUACAUUCCCGCAACGCCGAGGAGCUGGACAAGAUGCGGCAAAAGCUGCAGCAGAAGGAUGAAACCAUUCGCACACUUCUCAGGGGAAAAAUGGAACGGAGGCCGGCAGUGGAUUAGCCGUCAAAGA